CAACACUACUAUAUAACAAAUAAUUUGAGGAAAUAUGUCUAGUUCCAGCAAUAUCCAGACUAAGUUCGAGCCCCAUGAUCCCCAAUCAAAUGAUGAAAACAGCAUUUCACAACAAAACAUUUUGGAAUCAGCUAUGGGCUCAGGUCUUUUGAGUAGUGCAUCAAGUGAAGCUAAUGGUAUCAGAGACUCAAACAGCUUCAUUAACGACUCAGGCGCACAAGACCAGGAACAAGAGACAGCUGACAAAGUGCACGAGGGAGAAACAUAUCUGAGAGAACAGGACAGAUUCCUGCCAAUAGCUAAUGUCAGCAGGAUUAUGAAGAAAGCGGUCCCUCCUAUAGGCAAGAUAGCAAAAGACGCCAAGGAAUGUGUACAGGAAUGCGUAUCAGAAUUUAUCAGUUUUAUCACAAGUGAAGCUUCAGACCGGUGUCAGCAAGAGAAGAGGAAAACAAUAAACGGAGAAGAUAUUUUGUUUGCCAUGAACGCUUUAGGAUUUGACAACUACGUCGAACCUUUGAAAAUUUACCUGCAGAAAUACAGAGAAUGGGUUAAACAGGGAGAGAAGAGUUUGAUUCAAGUUAAAGGAGAGAUGGCAGAUCAAGAAGAACAAAGAUCCCGCGCUCUUCAUGAGCAAGUUCAUUAUGUUGGUUCCCUCCCUCAAAGUAUGUUGAGCAGUGUGGGUGAUAACUCAACUCACCAACUAUACGCCACCCACUUCCAGAGUAACCUCUCCCAGUUCAGUUAGACGACCCAAUGUGUUCCAUUUACUAGGGAUUUAGUUUAGGCAUUGACUCUGUCGAGACAAGAGAGCACGUGCUGAAUAGAUCGGCGGAUUUAUGUUUUUUGAUCGAUCGUAUGCGGAAUAUUUUAUUUGUAACCAGAUCUAGACUCCGGAAUACUGGGAGGUGAGCCAUGUUAAAUUUUACUCAUGACAGCAGUCAACUGAUUAGUUUCUUGCAUUGACCAAUCAAAUUUCAACAUGAAAAACCGAAACAAAUACACGCGUAUUUCAUUUACCCUCCAGUAUUCAGAUCUAUUGACUGAAGCAAAAUUCAAAUAUAGUCCAUCUUAAAAUGAAUUUAAAUGGUUGCUCACAUACAGUGAUGGACCUCAUGAGCACUAUAAACAGACACUUUCAACUCAAUUUGAUUUAUAUGUAGACUUGCUUUGUACAGAGGGAUAUGAAUCACUGAGAACUUUUCUUAUGUAUGACAAUUUCCUGUUAAGAUAUUUAAAUAUAAAUUUUAUGCUGAAGGUUUUUUUCCAGAAUGAUCUCCAAGGAUGGUGCAUCAGGCCUCAGCACCAAAUUUGAAACUUGUACCUACGAUGUACAUGUACGAUGUAUAUGAUUUAUUUGUUGUUUAAAA